AUGCCGAGAAUGUCUGGGAGGGAGCAACCUGACUCUCAUGUACAGACACAAGGAGAUGUUCACAAGUUUGAGAGCAUCCCCGCAACCGCAGGAACAUCCACUGAGCACAGUGUGAUUGAUAUGGGCGAUCAUGGUCUAGACCCAAAACCAGUUGAAAAUCCAAAGGUACAACAGGUGGUGGCUCUUCCAGAUAAAGGUGCUGGUAAGCUUGUAGGACAAGCUUUACAUCAAACCAGUAACCCAAAUGUGACAGACAAGAAGAGUUCAGAUACAGAGUUCCGCAAGCCUUCCGGUGAACAAAGUGCAACACACAUGGAUGCUCCUCAAGGUCCAGAUGAAGGAAACUUGGACAAGAGCAAAAGCAAUCUUCUAGACGACCAGAGUGUGACUGACAAUGCAGAUACAUCUCCAAAUGUGGAGGAAGAAUCUCAGGAAGUUGGAGAUGAAUCAAAUGACUCCAAAAAGAAAUUGCGCUUACCCAAGAAGAAAAAAUCUCCAAGCAAUAAUCCAAAGAAGGGAAAUGAAAAGCGUUCUGGAGUCCGUCAAGGUGUGAAUAUUGCAUGUACUUUGGUUCUGGGUGAGGCACAACAAUCUCAAGAUGCUGACGACGAUGAAGAGCGACCAAGUGAAUCAGAACCUCAUGACGAGGACGAAGAAUUGAUUGCGGGUGCUUCAAACAAUCCAGAUGAAAAUGUAGAACAACCUAAUGCAGAUGAGCAAGAUGCAGAGGAGCGCGAUGACAAGCCUCUGACUCCCCAAAAUGCAGAGGAAAGUCCAAUUGGUGAAGAAUCAAAUGACACCAAACAGAAAUUGCGCUUGCCAAAUAAGAAAAAACCUCCGAGUAGAGUUGCAAAGAAGGGAAACGAAAAGCGUUCUGGAGUCCAUCAAGGUGUGAAUGUUGCACGUACAUUGGUUCUGGGUGAGGCACAACAAUCUCAAGAUGCUGACGACGAUGAAGAGCGAGCAAGUGAAUCAGAACCUCAUGACGAGGACGAAGAAUUGAUUGCAGGUGCUUCAAACAAUCCAGAUGAAAAUGUAGAACAACCUGAUGCAGAUGAGCAAGAUGCAGAGGAGCGCGAGGACAAGCCUCUGACUCCCCAAAAUGCAGAGGAAAUUCCAAUUGGUGAAGAAUCAAAUGACACCAAACAGAAAUUGCGCUUGCCAAAUAAGAAAAAACCCCCGAGUAGAGUUGCAAAGAAGGGAAACGAAAAGCGUUCUGGAGUCCGUCAAGGUGUGAAUGUUGCACGUACAUUGGUUCUGGGUGAGGCACAACAAUCUCAAGAUGCUGAAGACGAUGAAGAGCGAGCAAGUGAAUCAGAACCUCAUGACAAGGACGAAGAAUUGAUAGCUGGUGCUUCAAACAAUCCAGAUGAAAAUGUAGAACAACCUGAUGCAGAUGAGCAAGAUGCAGAGGAGCGCGAUGACAAGCCUCUGACUCCCCAAAAUGUAGAGGAAAGUCCAAUUGGUGAAGAAUCAAAUGAUACCAAACAGAAAUUGCGCUUGCCAAAUAAGAAAAAACCUCCGAGUAGACUUGCAAAGAAGGAAGAUAAAGAGCGCUCUAGAGUCCGUCAAGGUGUAAAUGUUGCACGUACUUCGGUUCUGGAUGAGGCACAACAAUCUCAAGAUGGUGACGACGAUGAAGAGCGAGCAAGUGAAUCAGAACCUCAUGACGAGGACAAAGAAUUGAUUGCGGGUGCUUCAAACAAUACAGAUGAAAAUGUAGAACAACCUACUGCGGAUGAGCAAGAUGUAAAGCAUGAUGACAAGCCUUUCAGUCACCAAACAGAGACACAUAGUAGGGAUUCCCGUCAAAAUAUGGAGGAAGGAUCUGAUGCAGUUGGAGAAGAAUCAAAUUACUCCAAACAGAAUUUGCACCUACCCAAGAAGAAAAAAUCUCCGCGUAGCGGUGCAAAGAAGGGAAAUACACAACCUUAUGGAGUUUGUCAAGUUUUGAAUCCUCCAAAUAUUUAUGAUCCAAAAGAGGUAGAAAAUUCUCAAGUUGGUGACAACGAUGAAGAGCAAAAUGAAUCGGGACCUCAAGACGACGAAGAGCCAUAUGAAUCGGAACCUCAAGACAAUGACGAAGAAUUGAUUCCGGGUGGUUCAAACAUUACAGAUGAAAUCGUUGAACAACCUACAACGGAUGAGCAAGAAGCAGACGAGCAUGAUAACAAGCGUCUCAGUCACCAAACUUGGACAAGCAACAGAGAUUCUGGUCAAAAUGUAGAGAAAGGAUUUAAUGCAGCUGGAGAAGAAUCAAGUUACUCCAAAAAGAAAUUGCGCCUUCCCAAGAAGAAAAAAUCUCUGAGUAGUGGUGAAAAGAAGGGAGAUGAAAAGCGUUAUGGAGUCCGUCAAGUCCUAAAUGUUUCAAGUACUUUUAGUCAAGACGAGCCAGAACAAUCUCAAGAUGGUGACAACAAUGAAGAGCAAGUAAGGGAGUUAGACGCACAGGACAAUGACAAAGCAUUGUUUUUGGGUGGUCUAACUAGUGCAGAUGAAAAGGUCGAACAUUCUACUGCGGAUGAGCAAGAAGCAGACGAGUGCGAUGACAAGACUUUCAGUCACCAAACAGAGACAAACAACAGAAAUUCUGGCCAAAAUGUGGAGGAAGGAUCUAAUGCAGUUAUCGAGGAACUAAAUGACUCCAAAAAUAAAUCGAGCUUAGCCAAGAAGAAAAGAUCUCCGAGUAGUGGUGCAAAGAAGGGAAAUGAAAAGUCUUCUUCAAGCAAUGUUGCAAAGAAGGAAAAUGAACAACCUUAUGGAAUCCGUCAAGUUCUGAGUCCUGCAAGUAUUUUUGAUUCGGAAGGGGUAGAAAAAUCUCAAGAUGAUAACAUCAAUGAAGAGCAAUGUGAAUUAUUGGAACCUCAAGACGGCGAAGAGCCAUAUGAAUCAGAACCUCAUGACGACGAAGAGCCAUAUGAAGAAGUACAGCCUCAGCCUAAUGAAGAACAAUCAAGAAGGCAAGAAGAUGACAACGACGAUGUAGAAGUGGAAGAAUCUGAAUGUGUACAUGAUAGUGAAGAAUCGAAUUCAUGUGCAAAUGAUUCAAGCAGGGUAAUGAUUUCUUUAGACGAUCUAGGAGGCAAGCUUAAAGUAUCCGAUCCAUUUUCUUCUGCUCGAGGAAGUAAACAGGCUCUGAGUAAAGCAAUGGGUGUUGUUGGUGAUGAUUAUAAAGAUGGCAAAGCAAAAGUACAUGAACUGAAAUCAGGUGGUUUAAAUAAAGAUUCGCAAGGACAACAACAUCAUACUCAGAUACGAGGGGCAAAGAAGCCUUUGAAUUUUGGAAAAAUUGGGACUACCGCAAGCGACAGUGAUCCAGGAAAGGCACUGAUUAUUUUUGACAAUGAAGAUGACAAAGUAGAAGAGUCAGAACCAUUUGCCUCAAAUGUAGAUUCAUACUUGGGCCAACUGCAGACUAGUGCUCCAGGAAUUGAACAGUCUCCCAAUAUUUUCCAAAAUUUAACCAGCACAAUUGAUGAUGAUCCAGCUGAGGGAUUGAAGUCUCUUAGAGAUGGUCAUUACAAAGGCAAAAAAGCAGUACAUCAGUUGAGCAAAGACUCACGCAGGAUCAAGGGUCAGAUUAUACCUCCUAAUCGCAGCGAAAUUGUGACUACCAAAAGUGGUGAUGAUCUAGGCAAGGGAAUGGAGUCUCUAGGAGGUAACCAAGGAGAAGGAUCAGAAAAAGAUGGCUCAAGUAAAGAUGUGCCCGGUUCCGGUCAGACUAGUAGAGGAACACAACAGCUUUCCAAUCUUGUGCAAAUUUUGACAGCAACAAAUGAAGGUGAUCCAAAUCCAAAACCGGGAGUUUAUGAAGAUGACAAAGAAUAUUUGAGCCUCGAAGAACCUUCUCCUGGUGAAAUGGAGCCUUCAACAGAUGAUCAAAGUGCCUCUGUGACUGUUGAUGAUGAUGAUCCAGACGUGCUACAAUUUCAUAACAAUGAGUACGACGAAGAAUCAGCUGAAUCAAAUAAAGAUGCACCCCCUGGAAAGCCUCUUUCUCUUCCUCGUACCACAAAUCUCAGAGGAAAAAGAAGAGCCUGAUUGAAGCCUCUACUGGAUGUUGUUGUGGUUGCCCAAUCUUCCAUCGAGUGCUUCACAAGCUCAAAUGGGAUGCAUCAUCUCGUGUGAUUUGGGUUUGUCUUCAACCUUGUUUUACUUCAGUUUCAGCUCCUUCCAUAUAUGAAUAAUAAUGUUGUUCCUACUUGUAGAUAUGCUUUGUAUGCGAUCAUGAACUGAUCAUAAUAUGUUUGUCUAGCCUAUUGCCUAAUCUCUCAGUUCUCUGUACGUACUGGGUUGUCGGUUUUGGGCCUUGUCCGGAAGUUACGGUUUGGUAUUUGUUGGGCUUGGAUUUGUGUAAUGGACUUGGUUUUCAGUCGAGUCAUAUAAAUCAUGAAUUGUGUAUGUAUUUUCACAAGUUGAUUUGAAGUAUAUCUGAAAUC